AAUUGCGAUCACGUACAGUCGAUCGACCUAGCCAGCUAGCCGGACCUCUCCACUUGCGUCCUACGGUAUCGUGUUUGGGUGUGUGGCUCUGUGUUCUUUUGAAAGCGGUUUGAUCUCAUGGCUGAAGACGAGGUGAAGAGCGGCUACGUGCACAAGUGCGGAAGUUCGGUAAAGAGUUGGAAGAGACGAUGGUUCGUCUUGAAGCGGAACGGCUACCUGUACUACUACACUGACUCGUCGGCCAAGGUGGAGAAAGGGAAGAUAGACGCAGUGGACGCCGCUAGCGUGUCUCCGUACGAUGAAAAGACGAAGGGAGCCGAGCGUCUGCCGCUCAAUUUCUCCCCCGGCAAUACCUUCCUCAUUGUCACAAAGGAGCGAGUGUUCACCUGCGUGUGCGAAACGCUGGACGAGCGCGGGAGCUGGCUGGCUGCACUGGAGAAGAUUCGCGGUGUGGUCACGGCAGACCAGCAGUACCCAGCUCCCACCUACCCAAAGUCUCCUGCCAAGCUCCUCCCAUAACCACGCCCCCUGUUCCACCGCCUUACACACCUCAGGCUCAGGGGCCUCCUAUGCCUACCCCUCAGGGACCCCCCAUGUAUGCCCCCCAGAGGCCUCCGAUAUCUGGUCCCCAAGGGCCCCCCAUGCCUCAGUGGCCGCCGUAUACUGUAGUUCCCCCUCAACCUCAGGCCCCCCAGAGACCACCACCUGCAAGGUAUGUGGGGGCCCAAAAUUACCCCCCAGGGUACUACCAGCCCCCUCCUCCACAACAACCACCUGUUGCACAAUAUCAACAACAGCCCCGCCCCCCGAUGGCGCCGUACCCCCAGCCAGCAUACAGACCAGCUCCCCAGCCUGCGUACGCGGCACCUCCCCCUGCAAGGUACCAAUACCCUCCCAGACCCCCUCCGGGGGGCUACUACCCCCAACAGUAUUACCGCCCCCCAGCCCACUCUGUCGUACAGCGGAAUACUACCACUGUUACCGUGGUUUCGGUCCCACCUCCUCAGCAACGCGUCAUUAUCCGACGCUAGCAAGGAAAACAUUGCUUUGAGCAAAAAAUUUUCUGUUUUGAACACUGCACUUUUUUUUGUUGCUAAUAGCACUUGUCAUCAAUAUUAUAAUCACCCAGUUUCUGUGUCUAUUUGCGGUUUCAUAUAUAUCUGGUCUCUGUAUUAUUGUUACAGACUUUGUCUACACAUCUUUCAUCGUUUAAAACUGUACAAACAUUUUGGACUUAGUUUUCUCAUGUAUGCAAUGAGUUUUUUUCAUCGUGACGAUAAUCUUGCAGCCGGCGAAGUUUCAAGUUGUCCCUGGAGUCUCCAGGUGCAUAUGUCUCUGAACUGGCACUCGAGCAUUUCCACGCCGACUCGAUGUCGACGCCUUGCGCUGGCCGGGAGCCCUCCCAGUACCCCAGUCUGUUCUUCAGCUCGCCCAUCAUCCACUGUUCAUCGUACUCCACGGUGUCCAUCCCGAGUGACUCGCCGCUCCCCUGGUGUUCGUAGUGCACCAUCAGCACUCCCACAAGUGGCAGUCCGAGUCCUGCAAUGUGCUCCAGGAUGCAAUCUACAACUCGACCAAAUGUCAGUCCCUCCAAGAACCCUUUCUGAGAACUGCUUAACCCUCCAAUAAUUCCCGACGGCAAACUGUUUGAUUCUUGUUUUGAGCUAUGGACUCGGAAAAGCCUUUGCUCAAUCCUUCACCAAUUCCUUGCUGAGAAAUGCUCGACCCUUCAGUAAAUCCUUGCUGUGAGCUGGUUAAUCCUCCGGCAACUCCCAGUUCGUCACUAAACAGCCCACUAAGACCGCAGCUGAUGAUGUGAUUCAGAGCCCCCUGCGUGAGACACGACUCCCUCUCCAGAUUCAAGUGCCGGUACAACAGCUCUCCCUUGGUGAGUCCCAAACACAUGCGAUCCAGCAGGUACUUGUACAACAUCAGCUGAAAACGGGUCCCCUUUUUCUGCUCCGUCGGGGGUAGCGAUUUGGCCCGUCUUGUCUUGUUGUCUGUGAGGAUGAGCUCGCCGGCCUCCGGGAAAUACUGCAGUUGGUCAAUGAUCCCUCUCACGAGGACACCGGACUCAAACGGAUCCCCAAACACGGACACUUCUCUCUCCAUGCCCCCAGUUUUGACGACAGAGAGUUGAGUGUAGGUGUUGAUGAGUUGAACUGCAGCCCUGUCCUCUUUGGUCACUGUUUCC